GAUCCACCAUGAUGCUCCCCACGCCCUUAGAAAGCGGUCGAAUUGGGUGGUCUCUGAUUGGCUUCGACGGGAGAUCCCCAAAAAGUCGCUUCUCCAAAAGAAUUUUUGAUGCGCGUCGAGGGCGUUUAGCGACCAGCUCGACUAUCCGUGUUGAUCAGCAGGACCCAGCAAAUGUCGAACACCACACUUGCUAUCAUUGCGGCGGCGUCUGCAGCCGCAGGUGCAUCCGUUACUGCUUUGAUCUUCUCCAGCUCACGAAAAGAUCAACCUAUACCGACACCGACAUCGACAUUGAAAGACGCGCCCUCACCCACCGUACCAUCGAGACCUCCCCCUCCAACGCCGGUACCCGUACCUGUGGCUGCGUCGACUCAUCCUGCUCCGGUCACGGUCGUCUCACCUGUAGAUCCUGCUGGGAUACUACGAUAUGGCUUUCCGGGACCAGUUGCUGAUACAUUGACUACGCCCUCACAUCUUUCUGCUUUCAACCGCUUUACACGCAAUCCACAUUGGGUAGCUGAGCAUUUCACUCCGCAGUCACUCCUCAUGAACAACGGUUCUCGACGGAACAGUGUUUUCUACGAAGACAUGUCCAUACCUCCCAUGUUCCGAGCGAAGUUGACCGACUAUGCACGAAGCGGAUAUGAUCGUGGCCAUCAAGUGCCGGCGGCCGAUGCAAAGUGGUCACAGGAAGCAAUGGACUCUACAUUCGUAUUGAGCAACAUGUGUCCCCAAGUUGGUGAAGGUUUCAAUCGAGAUUACUGGGCACACUUUGAGGACUUCUGUAGGGGUCUCGUCAAGAGAUAUCCAAGUGUUAGAGUCGUCACAGGACCAUUAUAUUUGCCAAAAAGGGAUGAACGAGAUGGCAAGUGGCGAGUGUCUUACGAAGUGAUUGGCAACCCCCCAAACGUUGCGGUACCGACACACUUCUACAAGAUAAUCUAUGGUGAGGAGGCUGCUGGCAGCCCGAACGGCAGCGUGGCGCUAGGAGCGUUCGUCCUACCUAAUGCUGAAAUCCCCAACCACAAGAGUCUGCGUGACUUUGAGGUUCCUCUGGAAGCCGUUGAGAGAGCCAGUGGCUUGCUGUUUGCGGACAGGUUGCCGACGAACAGACGGAAGCAGCUCUGCCGGGAGGUGAGCUGUGAGAUCAUAGUUCGGGAAUUCGACAACAGUCGAAAGCAAUCCAAUAGGCCAGCUUUGGUGGGUAACGAUCCAAGAGGUCCACCCCAAGUUGUGCAACCUGGAGGGAGAUGGUAAUCAGGAAACAAGGCUGGUUUCCGAAACAAUCGUCGGUCUGGUGCAGGUCAUCCGACCGUGUUGGCCAUCGUGUUGUUGACUUGAAGUGCGCCGUUGCCAGGCAUCAUUUUU